AUGGCCUCAAGCCUCCCCUCGGCGGAUGGAAGUUCUCUCGCGCUUCCGUUACAACCAUCCCCGCUCAGAUUUCCCCGACCUCCGCGGUUUCUGCGCGAAGAGGAGGAAGACGAGCUGUCGGAAGACCAGGAGGCGCUGCUGCCGCGCGCUUCGCAAGCAGCAGCGGCGACGCCAGCGGGGAUAACCGCGGAGGGAGGGAGUGGCGCGGCGGCAGGGGCCGCUGCUGCAGUGGCGGGGACAAAAGCGCUUCCCUUCUGCAUCGCGAUCGCCGUCGUUUUGCUCGUCGUCGUGGUUCUCGGGGUCAUCACGUUCGCGGCUCGGUACUACGUGCGGAUUCACCUGCGCCGCGCUCGCCGCGCGACGAACGAAGCGGAUUCGGUGGCAACCGCCGGUGCGGGUGGUUCGCAAGCGCCUGGCGACGGGCUGGACGCGGAGCGAAUUGCGGCGUUCCCCACAUGGCCUUACUGCGUUUUCCCCGCUGUUGCGGAGGAUGUUUCCGCCGAUAAGGGGAACUACGAUGACAAGGAAAUUGCUAUAUUCGCUGACGCUGGUAACUUGUUACGAAAAUCAGACUCUCAAGAAUCAGAGUUCUUGAAACGGAGAAGUCUGUUGACAAGCACUGAGUGUACUGUGUGCCUGAGUGACUUCAACGAGGGCGAGCUGGUUCGGUCCGUACUGCCGUGA